UGCGUAUCCUGCGACGUCCUCACUGACUCACUGAGUGAGUGCCGCAUGCCAGGCGGGCGUUCAUUUCAUUUGAUUUUUAACUGUCAUCGACGGCAGUUCACCAUUCAGCACUCAGUACUCAGCUCUCAAAGUAUCUUUGACUCCCUUUCGAAUUGUGUCUCAAACAGCGUGCUGUAGUUCCGUACUUUACAGCCGAAUAUUCCAAUUUUUUUUAUUAAUUUUUUUUUGUUUUGCUAUAGUGAAUAAUACUUUGUGAACCCGAAAAGAAUAAACAAUCGGUAUCAAUUAAAUGUGAGUGUGUGUCAAUGAUCGAGGAUUAUCAAUUGAAUAAAGAAACAUAAUUGCGGAGACAUAAAAUUGAAAUAAGAAGACUACUUUACAUCCAAACAGUCGCAACAUGAAGGACACCAACGGCAACAGCAACAGCAGCAGCAGCAAUGCACACGCGGCCAACGGCAAUAGUAACAAUGGCAACGGCAACAACAACAACAACAACAACAGCAACACUGUCGCCAGUGGCAACGCCGCUGUGGCUGGCACGCCCCCAACGGCUCAGCAAACAGCGGCAACAGUUGCAACGGGACAACAGUCGCUGCAGCCACAGCAACAGCAACAGCAGCAGCAGUCACAGCAAGCAGGAGGACAACAGCAACUGACGCCGCGGAAGAGCAACAUUCAUGAGCUGCGCAAUCAGGAUUAUGUGAGCCGCCUUAUGGCUGCCACGCCCCCAUAUUUGUACUCGGCUCCCGUGGGUCCGAACAAUUACUUCUUCAGCGAUAUGCUGCGCUCGCUGGUGCAGACGCGCAACAACGAGACGGCGCGAGUGUUGCAACUGCAGCAGCAGCAGCAACAGCAACAGCAGCAACAACAACAGCAGCAACAACAACAGCAGCAACAGCAGGCGGCAUUGGUGCGACGAUCGAGGAAGCGUUCGUGGUCGCAUCGUCCUUACUACGAGCAGCUGCGUGAGCGUCGCGAUGCCGAGGAGAAACAGCAACAUCAACAGCAGCAGCAACAACAACAGCAGCAGCAGCAACAUCAACAGCAUCACCAGCAACAGCAGCAACAACAACAGCAACAGCUGCAACAUGUGAGCAGCACGGCAACAACCACGGUUGAGAAGCCACUCGAAUUGACCAACAAGUCAGCAGCCACGCCCACACCUACGCCCACGCCGUACGCGUACACAAAGCUGGAGACAAAGCCGCUGGUGAAAGCAGCAUUGGGCGGUGCCGUCGACAACACGCUGCAGGACAACACGCCGCCAGCAGCGUCGUUGCCGCCACAGGAUCUGGUGUUGCCUCCCCCGCCCCCGGUGUGGUAUCCACCGUUGUAUGCACCGUACGGCAUCGAUCCGCUGCACUUCUUCAUCGAUCUGCGCGUCUCGGGGCACAUCUACGACCGCAAGAAGGAGAACGUCUCGCCGCUCUCCAACAGCAACAACAGCAGCAGCGCCACCUCAGCGUCAGCAACCGCUGCAGCUGCUGCUGGUGCUCUCCUCUCCGCAGAGGAUUCAGCAGCAGCAGCAGCCGCUGCGAGCAACUUGUCGAGCAGCAACAAUCUGCUGAGCAAGCAGCGACAUGGCUCCGCCUUCACAGUCCCCAUCCCGAAGUCAGCGCAGAGCGAUGCCAUCAAUCUGUGCGCCAACGGCGGCAACAGCAGUCUAACCGACAAUCCGGCUGCUGCGCUGGGCAAGUUCGAACACUAUGCCAAGUACUAUGAUCUAGGCGAGAGCAAGGAGAACAAUCAACCGGCAGCCAGCACAGCAGCAGCAGCUGCUGCUGCCGCCGCCGCUGCAGCGAAUUUGUCCAAGUCGGGCGCCAGUUAUAUGCUGCAGCAUCUGCCGCGACUUUACAGUCAGUUCGCCGCUCAACAGGAGGCGGCGGCAGCGGCCGCUGUCGGUGUUGGUGUUGUCGGUGGCUGUGAUCUCGAUGCCAAGUCGGAGUCGGCUUCGGCUUGUGCCGAUUUGUGUGACGAUGAUUCGCUGGGACGCGGUUCGAGUGACACCGCUGGCGCUCUGCUCGAGAGCAACAGCUUGCAGAACGAUCGGGACAUCGAUGUCGAGAUCAUUGACUCCAUCAAGUAUCGCACCGAUGGCGAGAGCAGCCGCUGCUCCAGCAACGAUGAGGCCUCCGUCACGCAGAUCGAUUAAGAUCGGGCUCCCAACUUUGUGUGUUCGUGUUCGUGUUGCAUCCCAAUAAAGAAGUCA